AUGCCCUAUGUGAAGGAGGAGGGACCAUCACAGAUGAUUGGGGAUCUUGUUUCUGCUGAUUAUGGGUGGUCGUGGUCACCUGAUGGAAAAGAGGAGGCUCACAUCUUCUUCAAAGCAGGAAAAAAUUGUGAAGGGUACUUCAUGAACCAGGACAUCCUUGAGCAAGCUGAAAGGUCAAUGGAUAUUCUAGAGAAGUACUACACCAAUGAAAACCAUGUUCUCAUAUUCAAUAAUGCUACGACUCACUUAAAACAUGCAGAUGGAGCUCUCUCUGCAAGAAAUAUGCUGAAGGGAAUAUCAAAGGUGGGAAACAAUUGGGGUAUGGAGGUUAAUGUUUGA